AUGGAUGAGAUCGAAUAUGCUUCAGAUUCAGGGCACGGCUAUGAUCGCAGUUUAACAAUACAAACGGAAUCAAUAUACGAAUACGAACGCUAUUUAGGAGCUACUGAAGGGAUAGCUUUCAACAUAAAUAGUAUUAUCGGAAGUGGAAUUUUUCUAACGCCUGGUAACGUGUGGAGACUGACUAAAUCUCCGGGAGCCGCUUUAUUGUUUUGGAUUGUCGGAGGUCUUAUUAGUCUACUUGGCAGUUUAAUUUAUGCUGAG